CUUCAUUUCCCCAGAAACCAAAGCUUCUCAGACCACGCCUAGUACGACACUCCCUUCUUACGCUGCAUUGGUGGUCAUUGAGCUCAAGAGCCAAACUGACCAUGUCGGCCUUCAGUCGCAAUUUGUGCAGCGCUUCACGCGCGCUUCGCCAACGGUCCACAGUCCUCAGCCGAGCUGUUAGGCCAAUUGCCCUCCGCGCUGCCCCCACAGCUUCAAUUGCUCCCCGCGCAGCAGCUGCAAGCUCUUUCUCCACCAUGACUUCUCUCAAGAGCUCCGCACCGCCCGUCAGCGGCAAGCGCGAGUACGACCCUGAGAUCAAGGACAUCGCAAACUACAUCCACAACGUCAAGAUCGACUCUGAGCUCGCGUACGACACAGCACGAUGGGUCUUUGUUGACACUCUCGGCUGUGGUCUUGAGGGUCUGCAGUUCGAGCAAUGCAGGAAGAUCCUUGGUCCCACCGUCGAGGGCACUGUUGUCCCCAACGGCACCAAGGUUCCUGGCACAAACUACCAGCUUGAUCCCAUCAACGGUGCCUUCAACAUCGGUGCCAUGAUCCGCUGGUUGGACUUCAACGACUGCUGGCUCGCUGCUGAGUGGGGUCACCCUUCAGACAACCUGGGCGCUAUUCUCGCGACCGCCGACUGGGUCAACCGUACCAACAAGAACGGUGGAAAUCUCGGCAACGGCAAGAUCUUCAAGGUUCGCGAUGUCUUGGAAGCUAUGAUCAGGGCACACGAGGUCCAGGGCUGCAUGGCCCUCGAGAACUCGUUCAACAAGGUCGGUCUUGACCAUGUUAUCCUCGUCAAGCUUGCCUCGACUGCCGUCGUCUCAAAGAUGCUGGGUCUCAGUGAGGCUCAGACUCGUGAUGCUGUUUCGCAGGCCUUCGUCGAUGGCCAGUCCAUGCGCACAUACAGGCACAGCCCCAACACCAUGUCCCGCAAGUCUUGGGCUGCCGGUGAUGCUUGCCAGACCGCUGUCAACCUCGUCCUGAAGGUGCUCAAGGGUGAGCAGGGUCUGCCCACUGUUCUGUCCGCUCCUACCUGGGGUUUCUACGACGUCAACUUCGGCGGCAAGCCUUUCCAGUUCCAGCGCCCAUACGGCAGCUACGUCAUGGAGAAUGUCCUCUUCAAGGUCUCCUACCCUGCCGAGUUCCACUCCCAGACCGCCGUCGAGGCCGCUCAGCGCCUGAACAAGAAGCUCAAGGCCAUGGGCAAGUCUGCCGAGGACAUCGAGCACGUCGUCAACCGCACCCACGAGGCAUGCAUCCGCAUCAUCGACAAGCAGUUCAAGCCCAUGGAGAACUUCGCCGACCGUGAUCACUGCGUUCAGUACAUGGUCUCGACUAUGUUCGUUUUCAACCGCCUGGAGGCCACCGACUACCCCGAUGACAGCGAGGCCGCACAGUCCGCCCUCGUAGAGUCUCUGCGUCAGAAAAUCAGCUGUGUGGAGGACCCCCAGUUCACCAAGGACUACCAUGACCCUGAGAAGCGCACCAUUUCCAACGCGCUCACCGUCACACUCAAGGACGGCACGGUUCUUGAGGAGGAGGUUGUUGAGGCUCCUCUUGGUCACCGUCUGCGCCGCGAGGAGGCUAAGCCCGAGAUUCUGGCCAAGUACAAGAGGCAUCUUGGCCCUCACUACCCUGCUGAGCACGUUGACAAGCUCGUUGCUCUGGCACAGGAUGCUAAGACCAUCGACAACAUGGACGUUGAUGAGUACGUUGAUCUGUAUGUGAAGAACUAGAUAUGAUAAUGUCACGCAGCGUCCUGAAAAGAGACGUUGAUUUCUCGCAACCAACCUUGACUCUA